AUGUGGUCAAUAGUUAAUUUUGACGCCGACAAUUCUGUGGAACUAGUUCCAACACAUUGGUUAAAUAAAGACAAAUCGAAAUGUGCUUGGCCAAACAAUGGCUCAACUGCUGAUAAAUUAAGAAAUAACAGAGCAAAGCCGAAUGAAUUUGAUUUUUCAUAUUUCAGCUGUCGAGUAAUGGCUAAUAAUAUUAAUUAUAAUAUAUCAUAUGCUACCAAAAGACAUGAAAACGAUUUAAUAAGUGUUAAUCUUUGGGUAAAAGAGAUGAUAGCGAAAGGUGAUGAAAGUCCAAUAAUAUAUUUUAAACAACAGGGAAACAGUGACAAUAAUGUUCAAAGUUUUACAAAAGAUGAUUUUUGUCUAAUCAUAAUGACACAGUUUCAGUCAGAGUUACUAAUGAAAUUUGGAAAUGAUAAAUGCAUUAAAAAUGUAACCGGUAAAGUUACAGCAAAUGUGUUUAUGUCCGAUGAUGAACCAGCGUUCUAUAAUGCCUGGAACGCUGUUAUGGGUCCUGCAGAAAAACAGCUUUUAUGUACUUGGCAUGUAUUAAGAAAUUGGACAAAAAAUUUAAGCAAAAUACAAUGUAAUGAAAAGAAAACCAUUGUAUUCAAAACCUUAAAAGCAUUGUUGUAUGAAACUAAUGAACAUUAUUUUUAUAUUGAACUCCAAAAAGUAUUAGAUGACUUAUUUAAUGAUACAGAGACUGAAGAUUUUGGGAAGUACUUUAAAAUGAUGUAUUCAUGUAGAGUAGAAAAGUGGGCAUAUUUCAAUAGAAAACACAUUGGUAUAAAUACAAAUAUGUACUUAGAGGCACUUCACAAAACCAUAAAAUAUAGUUAUUUAGAUGGGAAAAAAUGUAAAUGCUUAGAUCUGUCAAUCAAUGCACUUAUGUCAUUAGUUAGGGAUAAAAGUUUUGAAAGGAUUAUUAAAAUUGCAAAACAAAAAAAAACUUCUAAAAUUAAUCAAAUUAUUGCAGCUCAUAAAAAAUCUUCUGAGGUAACAUCAAAUAUGAUAUCAGAAGUUGAUGGUUACUGGUUGGUUAAUUCUACAACUAACUACAAUGUCCAUUAUAAAGUUGAGAAAACAAAUUUUUCAUGUAGUGAAUGUGUUUUGAGUUGUGUUGAAUGCCAGAUAUGUGUUCAUACCUAUAAGUGCUCAUGCAUGAAUAAUGUAAUUUACUUUAAUAUUUGCAAGCAUAUUCAUGCAUGUGCAAAACAAAAAAAAAAUAUUUUAUUACCAUGUAAACCUGCAGUAACUUCAACAUCUUUAACAUAUGAAUUAGCUGUUGAUAAUGGUUUCCUACAACCAAACGAAACUCAGCCAAAGUUAGAUGAAAAUACAGAUAAUACAGGUGAAAUCACAAAUAAGUUAGAGUCAAUACUGGGAAUGGUGAAUCGUACCAAGUUAAAUGACAUAGAUCAAAAAUAUAUAAUAAAACAAUGUGAUAAAAUAAUUUCGAAAUUGGCCAAAAAUACAGAUUUUAAAAAUACUUCAAAUGUAGGAAAGAAGAGAAAUAUUGAACCUCAAACCAGAUUUUUUACCAACAAAAAAAAAAGAAUUGAACCACCUACUUUAUCAUCUAAUGAGAGUAAGCAUAUUAGAGAAUCAUUAAGGAAUUCUUCCAAUGAAACUUUAUUCAUAAGUACAACACAAAUGUUUGACCACUCCUAUUUAUAAAUUAUGAUUACCUAUCUAUUAACUAUUAUUAUCUAUAAAUUAUUGACAUUUUAAUUAUUUUAUCUAAUAUGAUUGACACUUCAAUUUUUUUGUUGCAAUAUUAUUUUUACUAUUUUUUUUUAUGUUAUUUCAGAGUUGUAUAUUAUAAUUGUAACCAUAAUGUAUUAACUGACAACUAGAUAUUUCCAAAAUUAAAUUUUCAUAUUUAUUAAGUCGUCAAAGAUGUAUUAUGUAUUUAUGUUAUUAACAAGUUUUGUUUGAUCAAUUAGAUUCAAUAUCUGAGGGUAAAACAUUAAUUUGCCCUGCCUUGGUGAAUAUAAAAUAGUACAUACAGAUUCAAAAUAUGAUAAAGUAAAAUAAAUUAACUUACUAGGUACCCAGAAUAUUUAUGUAUCUACUUUUAUUUAAGUCAAAUAUUUACCAGCAAUAAUUGUAUUCACUGAGCCAGACCACCUGCAUACAACACCAACAAUGUAGUAAUAAAUUAGUUUACCUAUCUCCUCUUUAUCGUUUAAUAUGUUCCGGAGUUCUCACCCUUUUUGGAUUAUCAGGAUUAUCUUUAGUUUCACUGUUAAUUUUAAACUAUUUUUAACUAUUUACUU